AUGCAAGAUAAAGACCAAGAAGAUACGAAAACGCAAAUGGCCGAGACCAAUGAGCGCAAGCGUAAUUUUGAUUUUUCGCCAAGCGGAAUAACACCUCGCCGCAAGAAAACCCUCGUGAACGAUAGUUACGAUACAAGGAAAAAUAACAGUUUGACAUGUAAGAAGUCGCUGUUUCAAAUGCAAUCCUCUUCUGAAAAGGAAGAAAACAUUAAUGAUGCCAUAGCUAAUCUGAUGUGUUUGCCAGUCUCCGAAAAAGAAGAAAAAGUAUCGUGUGUUGUGAAGGUGAGCUGUGAGUGAGCUGAUGACGAUUUUUUCAGUGUUAGUUUUUAGCUCUCUCAGCCGUAUACCCUUGACUUCCCAGAGCUUUUCUUUGGAAAGCAAAAUUGUUAGCAUAUGGCGUUAGCCAAGAGAAAAUAUUAUAUAAAACAAGGACCGGCCAAUGUGGAGAGAAUGACGGGUUUUUUUGCGCACGUUAUAUAUAAACCAAUUAUUAAUUGGGCCAUGCCAUUUAAUAUGCUCCCCCCCCUAUUGAAGGUUAGGGUUCGACACCCACUGGGGCCGGUUGUUCAAAGGUGGAUUAGCGCUAAUCCAGUUUUAAAAUUUAACCCACUGUUUUAGUUUGCAAAUUUCAGCAUGUCCAUUUAAAACUUAUAUUGAUUCAGACAUGGUUUGUGAAGAAAUAUUUCUAAAUUUAUAACCAAGCUGUUUAACCUAGGGUUAAGCUAAUCGGCUUUUGAACAACCGGCCCCUGGAGAUUUAUACUAAUAUACCCGACUGGAUAUUUUGUUGCCUUGUAAUCUUCAACCAUCUAGGUUUUUUUAAACAUUUUUUGGACCUACUGAUCAGUUUUUGCUUUCACCCCUUAUAGGAUAUAAUAGGUAUUUUGUAAAAACCCUGCUCCUUUCCCAAACCCCCCAUGAAUUUUACUUGGCUCUGUAUAGUAACCCCCCUUGGAUAUUGCAUUCUUGGAAAGCCCCCCUCCCCCUGGAUAUCCAUGAAUCUCAAUAAUGGGGGGGGGCACUUUUUAAAUGGAAUGGCCCAUUGAGGAAUUUGAGUCUAAUGAGUAAUGAUCUAUUCGCUGAAAAAACUCCUGUGUAAUAUUGCCAUUAUUUUAUUGGCAGAUAUUUGUUGGAUACUCUUCGGGUCGUGUAAUCGAACACAAUUGCAAUGAUCAUGAAAGUUUGCUUGUAAAAAUUUGGCUCUGAAGAAUUACAAAUCCUCAGCUGUUGGUGUUGUGAAGUUUGGCCCUCUGAGAGAUCAUGUUUUUGAACAAGUUGGGAAAGAAAUGAAGAGAGAAAUCCUAAUGUAUACCACAACUCCUGAUGCAAGUUUGAAAUACCAUGGUGAUAUCAAGAAGCUCGCAGAUUAUCGGAAUGAUCAAUUAAUAAAAGAUGCAGCAGAAAAGCUACCAAUUGUGGAUACCAUAAUCAAGGCUGCAUUCCCAGGACAUAAGAGAGUAAAGAACUCUUUAAAUAAACGUGCAUUAAUAAUUUCUACCCUGAUAAAUCCAUGGUUAACUCGUUCUAACUUCACCUACCGUAUAAACACUUUGCUCAUCUCAGGUGGGUGCAGCUCGGAAGAAGUAGAUUGCUUUCAUAAAUUGGGACUAUCAAGUCACUACAACACCUUACGUAAUAUGCAGACGAAUGCAGGUGUUUCUCAUGAUAAAGUUCUCAUUGAGUGGAAAGACAGCAUUGUUGAUGCAAAGAUGAAGGCUCGACUAUUGGAAGAAAUUCUACCAAAACAGCUUGAUGAUACUAUGAUGGAUGUAUGCACAGUUGACUUCUCACCUGAAGCUGCUGCUAAAUGUGUGAACUAUAGUCCAGGGGUUUAUCAAUCUUGCAAAGAACUUUUGCCAAAAUCUGAUCAUGACCUAUAUGAUGACACAGAGAUUUUAUCUGCAAUUUCCUUGGUUAAGAAAGAAAAGUUACCCAAGUUCAGGUAA